AUGGCGCUGGCGCAGGACGCCAGGGUGGAGCACCUGGAGGCCGUGGCUUCCCUCCUGCUGAAGGUCAAGCCCGACAAGUGGAGCAAGAUGCUGGGCGUCGAGGAGAACGCGGCGCUGCUCACCGAGUUCCUGGACAAGCCCGAGGCGCGGGUGCUGGUGCUGACGCUGCACCCCUCGGGCGCCAUCGUGCCCUGCCUGGGCUUCCCCGCCGCCCUCAAGUCCAAGGGCAUUUACUUCCUCAAGAAGAAGCCCAGCGGCAUCACCAAGAACAACUACAAGGACCUCAUCUACGGGGACAUCAGCCCCGCGCCCGUGGAGCAGCUGAUCGCCAUAGUGGAGGAGGUGCUGUACUCGCUGCUAAACCAGAGCGAAAACACGGACGGGUGGCCCCAGGUGGUCUCGGAGGACAUCGUGAAGCAGGUGCACAAGCUCAAGAACGAGAUGUUUGUGAUGGGGGGCAAGAUCAAAGGGAAGACCCUGCUGCCCAUCCCCGAGCACCUGGAGAGCCUGGACGGCCCGCUGGAGUCCACGGACAGGAUCUCGUCCCUGGACAACGCGCUCCUGCACGCCAUCGAGACCAUCGUCAUCGACUGGUCCCACCAGAUCAGGGACGUGCUGAGCAAAGACUCGGCCCAGGCCCUGCUGGACGGGCUGAACCCCCUGCCCCAGGUCGAGUUUGAGUUCUGGGAGGCCCGGCUGACCAACCUCAAGUGCAUCCACGAGCAGCUCCUGUACAUGUGUGGGGGCCUCCUGGAGCGCCCGCUGAUCCUGGCCGAGGUGGUGCCCCGCUACACGGUCAUGCUAGAGCUGUUUGACGCCCAGCUGGACAAAGUCAAGGUCCUAUAUGACGCCCAGGUGGCGGCCACCGCGGAGGGCCACAGCCCCCCCAUCCACAGAAACAUGUCCCCCGUGGCCGGACAGCUCAAGUGGAGCCUGGAGCUGCAGGAGAGGCUGGAGGCGCCCCUGAGGGACCUGAAGCGCAUCGACCACCCGGUCAUGUCCAGCGCGGAGGCCACGCUGGUCUACCAGAAGCACGAGGAGAUGAUGGCGCUGCUGCGGGACUACCGCGAAGACAUCUACCGGCGCUGGGCGGCGCGCGUGGACCGGGACUGCCAGUUCAACCUGGGGCAGCCCCUGAUCCAGCGGGACCCCGGCACCGGCCUCAUCCGCGUCAACUUCAGCAGAGAGGCCCUGGGCUUCCUUGUGGAGCCAGAACUUGAGCGCCGGCUCUGCCCCGGCGUCCUUUUGAGGACCAAGUCCGACUUCAGGAAGGCCACGCUGGUCUCAGCCACGCGCUGGCCAGGCACGACUUCCUUCCCGAUAAAGACCACCGUGGUGGACGUAGAAUUCCCGCUCAUAAAGGCGGAGCUGGAAGCCAUCGACGUCAAGCUGCUGAGUGCCGAGACCACGCUGUUCUGGAACGGCGAAGGUGUGCUGGAGUACGUCCAGGGAAUGCGGGAGAUUCUGCACGACCUGCAGACCCGGAUGCAGAAGGCCAAGCAGAACGUGGACGGGAUCUCCCAGGUCAUGAAGGAGAACGCCGAGCUGUUCCGGGCAGACACGGGCAGCCUGUCCUGGAAAGAAUACGUCAGCUACAUCGACAGCAUGGUCUUGGACGAGUUCGACAGCUUCAUCCGCAAGUCCCUCAACUACCUGAUAGACAACAUGGUCGCGGACCUUGUGGACUACCGAGUGGAGUUCAGCAGGUGGUGGAUCAACGAGUUCAAGACCAUCAAGUUCCCCUCGCAGGGGACCAUCUUCGACUACUACAUAGACCCCGACACCAAGAAGUUCCUGCCCUGGACGGACAAGGUGCCCUCCUUCGAGCUGGACCCUGACGUCCCCCUGCAGGCCUCCCUCGUGCACACCGCGGAGACCAUCCGCAUCCGCUACUUCAUGGACCUGCUCAUGGAGAAGUCGUGGCCCGUGAUGCUGGUGGGGAACGCGGGGACCGGCAAGUCGGUGCUGAUGGGGGACAAGCUGGAGAGCCUCAACACCGACGACUACCUGGUGCAGGCGGUGCCCUUCAACUUCUACACCACCUCGGCCAUGCUGCAGGGGGUUCUGGAAAAACCACUGGAGAAGAAAUCAGGGCGGAACUACGGGCCGCCGGGCACCAAGAAGCUGGUCUACUUCAUCGACGACAUGAACAUGCCCGAGGUGGACAAGUACGGGACGGUGGCCCCGCACACCCUCAUCCGGCAGCACAUGGACCACGGGCACUGGUACGACAGACAGAAGCUGACGCUCAAGGACAUCCACAACUGUCAGUACGUGGCUUGCAUGAACCCCACUUCCGGGUCCUUCACCAUCGACCCCCGACUCCAGGACCUCGGCGAAGAGCUCUUGUUUGCCAGACCCAACAUCUUCUGCCACUUCGCGCAAGGCAUCGGCGACCCCAAGUACCUGUCGGUGGUGGACAUGGCGCACCUGAGCAAGCUGCUGGCCGAGGUGCUGGACAGCUACAACGAAGUCAACGCAGUGAUGAACCUGGUGCUGUUUGAGGACGCCGUGGCCCACAUCUGCAGAAUCAACCGCAUCCUGGAGUCCCCCCGCGGCAACGCCCUGCUGGUGGGCGUGGGGGGCAGCGGCAAGCAGAGCCUCUCGCGCCUGGCCGCCUACAUCAGCGCCCUGGACGUCUUUCAGAUCACCCUCAAGAAGGGCUAUGGGAUCCCGGACCUCAAGAACGUCACCGAGAAGCAGAAGGCUUGCGAGACGGACCUGGCCAAGGCCGAGCCGGCCCUGCUGGCCGCGCAGGAAGCGCUGGACACGCUGAAUAAGAACAACCUGACGGAGCUCAAGUCCUUCGGGUCCCCGCCGGACGCGGUGGUCAACGUCACGGCCGCUCCGGAGGUCAAGGCCUCCAUCAGCCUCUUCAUGGCCUACGUGCACACGACCGUCAACGACAUGUCCAAGGUGUACCUGGCCACCGAGCGCCGCUACAACUACACCACGCCCAAGACCUUCCUGGAGCUGAUCAAGCUCUACCAGAGCCUGCUGGGCCAGAAGACGGUGGAGCUGGUGGCCAAGAUCCAGCGGCUGGAGAACGGGCUCAUGAAGCUGCAGAGCACGGCGUCCCAGGUGGACGACUUGAAGGCCAAGCUGGCCAUCCAGGAGGCCGACCUGAAGCUGAAGAACGAGAAUGCCGACAAGCUGAUCCAGGUGGUGGGCGUGGAGACCGAGAAGGUCAGCAAGGAGAAGGCCAUCGCCGACGAGGAGGAGGUCAAGGUGGAGGUCAUCAACAAGGUGCGGCCCGCGCCGGACAGGGCGGCUCCCCCCAGGCCCAGCUCAGCAGCGCCGCUGGGGUCCCAGAGCCCGUGGGACGUGCAGGUCCCGGCCCGUCGCCCUCGGAGCCGGCCUGUGGCCCCCGAGGGCCGGGGUCCCCCGCCGCGGACUCGCUGCAGCCCCCCGACACUGGGAUGUCCGGCCCAGGCCAGGCGGCUCCCGGCCCAAGACCCCCACCUGCCCUACCAGGGGAACCCGACCUUCGACCCCGAGUUCAUCCGCUCCAAGUCGACGGCCGCCGCGGGGCUCUGCUCCUGGUGCCUCAACAUCGUGCGCUUCUACGAGGUCUACUGCGACGUGGCCCCCAAGAGGCAGGCCCUGGACGAGGCCAACGCCGAGCUGGCCGAGGCCCAGGACAAGCUCUCGCGCAUCAAGAACAAGAUCGCUGAGCUCAAUGCCAACCUGAGCAACCUGACCUCGGCGUUCGAGAAGGCCACCGCGGAGAAGAUCCGGUGCCAGCAGGAGGCCGACGCCACCAACAGGGUCAUCUCCUUGGCCAACAGGCUGGUCGGAGGGCUGGCGUCUGAGAACGUGCGCUGGGCCGAGUCGGUGGAGAACUACAAAAGCCGGGGCGUCACCCUGUGCGGGGACGUCCUGCUCAUCUCCGCCUUCGUCUCCUACGUGGGCUACUUCACCAAGAAAUACCGCAACGAGCUGAUGGACAAGUUCUGGAUCCCUUACAUCAACCAGCUGAAGGUCCCCAUCCCCAUCACCAAGGGCCUGGACCCCCUGAGCCUGCUGACGGACGACGCGGACGUGGCCACCUGGAACAACCAGGGCCUCCCCAGUGACCGCAUGUCCACGGAGAACGCCACCAUCCUGUGCAGCACGGAGCGCUGGCCGCUGAUCGUGGACGCCCAGCUGCAGGGCAUCAAGUGGAUCAAGAACAAAUACGGCAACUCGCUGAAGGCCAUCCGCCUGGGGCAGAAGAGCUACCUGGACAUCAUCGAGCAGGCCAUCUCCGAAGGGGACACCUUGCUCAUCGAGAACAUCGGGGAGACAGUGGACCCCGUGCUGGACCCCCUGCUGGGCAGGAACACCAUUAAAAAGGGAAACUCCCAGCGCUUCCAUCUCCCCUCGACGCCCCUCAGCCCGGCCCCGCCCGCCCCCGGGUCGCGCUGGCGUGACCUGGCCUUUCCGAGGCCUGACGGGCACUGGCGCUCGCAUCGUCGGACGGCGCCAGCCCGUGCCUCUUACGGACCGCCCCGAGCUGUGGCCGCUGCCCAGGCCUUCAACGUGGUGUUCGAGAAGGCCAUCCAGAGGACGGCGCCCGCCGACGACAUCAGGCAGCGAGUGAUGAACCUGACGGACGAGAUCACCUACUCGGUGUACAUGUACACGGCCCGCGGGCUCUUCGAGCGGGACAAGCUCAUCUUUCUGGCCCAGGUGGCCUUCCAGGUCCUGUCCACGAAGAAGGAGCUGAACCCCAUGGAGCUGGACUUCUUGCUGCGCUUCCCCUUCCGGGCGGGGCUGGUGUCCCCGGUGGACUUCCUGCAGCACCAGGGCUGGGGCGGCAUCAAGGCCCUCGCGGAGAUGGACGAGUUCAAGAACCUGGACAGCGACAUCGAGGGCUCGGCCAAGCGCUGGAAGAAGCUGGUGGAGUCGGAAGCCCCGGAGAAGGAGGUCUUCCCCAAGGAGUGGAAGAACAAGACGGCCCUGCAGAAGCUCUGCAUGGUGCGGUGCAUGCGGCCCGACCGCAUGACCUACGCCGUCAAGAACUUCGUGGAGGAGAAGAUGGGCAGCAAGUUCGUGGAGGGCCGCAGCGUGGAGUUCGCCAAGUCCUACGAGGAGAGCAGCGCCUCCACGCCCAUCUUCUUCAUCCUCUCCCCGGGCGUGGACCCCCUGAAGGACGUGGAGGCGCUGGGGAAAAAACUGGGCUUCACCAUCGACAACGGGAAGCUGCACAACGUGUCCCUGGGGCAGGGGCAGGAGGUGGUGGCCGAGAACGCCCUGGACGAGGCCGCCAGCAACGGGCACUGGGUCAUCCUGCAGAACAUCCACCUGGUGGCCCGGUGGCUGGGCACGCUGGACAAGAAGGUGGAGCUGUACAGCAGCGGCAGCCACGAGCACUACCGCGUGUUCAUGAGCGCCGAGCCCGCCCCCAGCCCCGAGUCCCACAUCAUCCCCCAGGGCAUCCUGGAGAACGCCAUCAAGAUCACCAACGAGCCGCCCACCGGCAUGCACGCCAACCUGCACAAGGCCCUGGACCUCUUCACGCAGGACACGCUGGAGAUGUGCACCAAGGAGAUCGAGUUCAAGUGCAUCCUCUUCGCCCUGUGCUACUUCCACGCGGUGGUGGCCGAGAGGCGCAAGUUCGGGGCGCAGGGCUGGAACAGGUCGUACCCCUUCAACAACGGGGACCUCACCAUCUCCGUCAACGUGCUCUACAACUACCUGGAGGCCAACCCCAAGGUCCCCUGGGACGACCUGCGCUACCUCUUCGGGGAGAUCAUGUACGGGGGCCACAUCACGGACGACUGGGACCGCCGGCUCUGCAGGACCUACCUGGGCGAGUACAUCCGGGCAGAGAUGCUGGAGGGGGAGACCCUGCUGGCCCCCGGCUUCCUGAUCCCCCCCAACCUGGACUACAAGGUGAAGGCCGUGCUGGACGAGAUCCUGGACAAGAUCCCGGAGGCCUUCAACAUGGCCGAGAUCGUGGCCAAGGCGGCCGAGAAGACGCCCUACGUGGUGGUGGCCUUCCAGGAGUGCGAGAGGAUGAACAUCCUCACCAACGAGAUGCGGCGCUCGCUCAAGGAGCUGAGCCUGGGGCUGAAGGGGGAGCUGACCAUCACCACGGACAUGGAGGACCUGUCCGCGGCGCUGUUCUACGACACCGUGCCCAGCACGUGGGAGGCCCGGGCCUACCCCUCCAUGAUGGGCCUGGCGGCCUGGUACGCAGACCUGCUGCUCCGCAUCAGGGAGCUGGAGGCCUGGACGACGGACUUCGCCCUGCCCACCACGGUGUGGCUGGCCGGCUUCUUCAACCCCCAGUCCUUCCUCACCGCCAUCAUGCAGUCCAUGGCCAGGAAGAACGAGUGGCCCCUGGACAAGAUGUGCCUGUCCGUGGAAGUGACCAAAAAGAACCGGGAGGACAUGACCGCGCCCCCCCGAGAG